GAAUUGAACAGCAAAAAAAUUCAAACUCAAAUUCAACAGUUCCGGAAGACUUUUCUCAGAAAGUUUCCCACGGAAGUAAAAUAAUAAUUAAAAAAACGAUGAGCGUCACACUUUUGGUCGCAGACGCCGUUUGGUCCGAGAUUGAAUCUACCGGCUCAGUAACCGAAGAACAGCUCUCAAUCUUGCAUUUGUUGUUUGGUAAGAAUCUUGAGAAAGCAACCAGAAUCAUCGACAAAAGAGGUGUGAAGAAAAUCUCAGGCUUACCCAGUGGGAGAUCCAUCUUUCAGGUUGUGGGAGAAUCUCAGAAGAGAGAAGAGCAUCUCUGCUUCCCAGGAGAUUACUGUGGAUGUUAUUCUUUCUUCUAUGAUGUUGUCAGCAGAGGAGAGCAACUAUGUUGUAAACAUCAGUUGGCUGCGAGGUUGGCUUCUUCUUUGGGUACAUACAACGAAAUCGAGGUCUCAGAUUACCAUCUUGCCUUGAUCCUCUCUAAGAUCUGAAGCUACUUGUUAUGUCUUUGGCUUAUUAUGCGUGCCAGUAACCUGUAUUCAAUCCAUCAACAAUGGAGUUAUAUGUUUACUGGUUUGGUCUACAUGGGGUGAUAGUUUACUCACACAUUGGUAAGUACUAAUAGUGGUAUUGUAGGUUAUUUUCGUAAUAAAUCUCAAAAGCUUGAGCAUGCUUCCUCAUGAAGCGAGCCUUGUUUGCAACAACUUGUUAGCGUGUUUUAGGUAAUUGUAACAUAACUAUGCAAUUUCAAUGUAUUGAACUUCUUACUUCAGUGGAAGAAAAACUAUACUUUGUAAAAGUAAUAAUCAUUCCAUAA